AUGUCCAAUAGUCGCAUUCAAAAACGGUAUCCGAAUGGCAAUAUAAAAAUAGCUGUUGGCCAGGCCAAUGGUACCAGUGGAAAAGCGGCAAAUAUGCUAUUAGAUCCAGCAGAUGUCUUUGCAGAUGAAAAUGAAAAUAUCUUCAUUGCUGAUAGCGAGAAAACAAUCAGAGGAAAUGGUAGUCGUGGUUCAGCAUUAAAUCAAUUUAGUUUCCCAAGCACAGUUUUCUUUGAUUCCAAGAAAAAUGUAAUAAUUAGUGAUUAUCAAAGUCAACGCGUCACCAAAUGGCCAUUCUCUUUUGAUUUAAAAACAUCGAUUGGUACAAUCAUAGCUGUAGGUAAUCGUGUUGGUCUCAAUUCAUAUCAAUUCAAUGACCCAAAUGGUUUAUAUUACGAUGAACAAUAUCAAAUAUUGUACAUAUCUAAUCAAGCAUUGUAUUCAAUAACACAGUGGGUUCUUGGAAGCUAUGAAUCUUGUAAUAUUUAUGCUGCUAUACCCAGAACAUCUGGAAAUAGUGCAGCACAAUUGUUUUAUUCAGAAGGUAUAACUAUGGAUACAUAUGCUAAUUUAUAUAUUGCCGAUACUUCUAACCAUCGAAUACAAAUGUUUUGUCCAAAUGCUAUAUUAGGCAUUACGAUGGCAGGUACAGGUAAACGUGGCAACAGUAGUAGUGAACUUAGUUAUCCGAGUGAUAUUGAAUUUCAUUCAGAACUUAAUUUAUAUGUUUCGAACAGAUAUAAUAAUCAAAUACAAAAGUGUGAAAGGAUUCACUGA